UAAAAAAUAUAGCAAUCAUUGAAAAAUCACCAGUCCAAAUUGAACACGACAGCAAUUUAGUUGAAAACAAAUAUUUAACAUUAAAGUAACUAUUGAGUGGUCAUGUAAAUCCAUAAGAAACCAAAUGGCUUAAGAAAUGUUGCGCAGAAACUUAACACAAAAUCCAAUUGGAUAAAAAUAUCGACACGUCAGUUUGAGAAAACUUGCGAAAGUGUAAACAUGAAAUAAAAUAAUAACAAACUAAUAUAAUAAAUUCAACGAACUUGUAAUGCUGCAAUAAUAGUUGCAAAGACUUCGGAUAAAGCUCUGCGUACAAUUUUUGGAAUUGAAAUCUCAGACCUUAAAUCAUAGCAAUCCAAACAGAAUAUACCAUGGCAGCGACAACACCAGCCGUUUUUAUAACAGUGCCCAAGUACGUGGCCAUAACACAUAACCCAACCAUGACGUUGCCUAAGAUAAGGCCAGCACCCACACCCACGUCAUUGCAAAGCACAAACACAAUUGGAGCAAAUUCAGAUGCAUUUAUCGAGGAUGGCGCUACCGCCCCUAGGGGCAAAAAGCGACGCCUUGACCACUUAACAUGGGAAGAAAAAAUACAGCGGAAAAAAUUGAAGAAUCGUGUGGCCGCACAAACAUCCCGCGACCGCAAAAAAGCACGAAUGGAAGAUAUGGAACAUGAAAUUGAAGAUUUAACACAAAAAACAGAAAUAUUACAAAAUAAAUGUGAAAGCUUGCAAGCAAUUAAUGAAUCCCUACUUGAAAAGAAUCACAAAUUAGAUAUGGAAGUUGAAUUACUUCGACAAAAACUCGAUGAAGUGCAACAAAAACAGAAGAAACAAGAAGAGCAAUUAGCCAGUAACGCAGCAAAGUUAAAAGCUAAAAACACAGUUGAAACUUGUGCCGGCUCUGCAGCAGGGAUCAACCCAAAUGGACUCUCAGUCGACAGAAGAACAACUGAAAAAGAGCAACUCAGUGGCGUCACUGUGGAGGAUUAUUGCACUUUGCCUACUCUUCAAGAUAUGCUCCUCGUCGACGAAGAAUUCGAUGCCAGCAAAUUGGAAGAACUUGCCGAAAGCCUCCUGGCCGAUAUCACAGCGGACAUGGAAGCUGGUAAUGGAGCGGGCAAUGAAAAUGAUGCCAAAAUCGCAGGCAUCGCAGAGCGAUUGUCUGGAUCAAUGGUGGGGACCAAAACAGAAUGCCUGGAAUCCGGCAAACAUACAAACGCACAGAGUAUCAAUUUAAAUAAACGGAAAUGGCCAUCUGAUGAUAAAUUACAAAGUAAAUUACCUGCAGCGAUAGAUGAGCUUAUAACCACUAACACAUUGCCUGUGCCUUCCACACCUAUAACUAUUGCAUCAGCAACAACCAUGCCAACGAUAACUACAGACAAUGAAAUAUACAGCAUGGAGGAGGGACAAUUAAACGAAGAGAUUGAAACUUCAACGCCACCCGAUAUGCUGUAUGGCACUUAUGAUGCCAAAACAAACUCCAUCACUAUAGUUGUAGAUGAUGAUGCUGUGCCAGUAAAUGAAGCUGUCGAAGAAAUAUAUUGUGAAGGUGUUAUGCCGCAAACGUGUGAUGAAAUUAAAUAUCCCACACCUGCUGCCUCACCCUCACAAGUUUUCCUGAAUGUGGUCGAUGAUUCUGAUGAUGACUUGGACUUCGACCCAAUAGAGCGUUUUCUACAACCUAAACAACCGCUAUCUAAAUCACCCGCACCAUCACUGCAUUCAGCCACCUCAGAUCACGGCUAUGAAUCGAUUAUUGGUUCACCAACAUCUGCAGCGACGGAACAAUUUGAUACGAGUGCUGAAGAUUUCGGUUGGCAUGGUAGUUUCAAUGACUUGUUUCCAAAUUUAAUUUAAUUGUGUCAACUCUAAUUUCUUAGUAGUAGAACUUAGAUCUAUAAUUUGUACGCCAUGUCACAUAGAUGCUGUUAUAUGCAAUAGUUGUAAGUUGUAGUGUGUUAAUUUGAUUGUAUUAUUCAAAAGAAUUUCCUAAGGGUUUCCUAAUUUAAUUGGGUUAGUAGUUAAAAGCUCAAAUAACUAAUUUUACAAAAAUUAAAAUAUAAGUACCAUUUGCUUAAUAUAUUUCAAAUUGUACGUACAUAUGUAAUUUUUUAUCGCUGUAUCUAAUUUAUUUUGUAGUAAUUAAGAUUAAAAUGGUUUAAGCACAUUUGAAAAAAGCUUACAAAUAAAAAUACAUAUAUGUUACCGUUGAAAAAAA